AUGGCUGUGAUAGAGACUCUGAAGAAGAAAGAGGAGGAGCCAACCCCAAUACAAGAAGUUGGAGAAAGCUCUGGAACCGCAGGUGAAGAAAACAACACCGAAGAAGGAGAAGAACCGCAGAUGGUUGUGUCUGAAGAUGAGCCACCAACUAAAAAGAUGAAACUGGACACUGAAAGCGCAACGGCGGCGGAUACUACUACUAUCCGGCAACGGAGACCUGCACAGAUCUACAAUCGAUUAGUCCAUGGUUUGAAGGGGUCGUUCGAUUCCACAGCGGCAACACGGACAACGGCAACACGGCGGCAACCACGGUGGCGGAAGGGUUCAAAUGAAGAUUCCACUAAGUAUACUUCGGAGGAGGAAGGGGAAAAGGCGGCGGCGACGAUAGUGGGUCUGUCUUUCUUCUUCGACGGCGACGGUGGGCGGAGAGAACAUGCAAUCGCCUAUCCGACAAAGAGAGAGAACGGAACGGACUUGGGUUUGCGAAAGUGA